AAUUAGCCUAGUCAAACCUAUCCCAUAUUCCCGUUUUCAGUUUAUUUUACCGCGCGCGCUUGCGCUUUAUUUAUUCUAUUUUUAAAUCUGCGUAAUAGCGAUUCAUUCAUACACACCACACGAGUUGUGGAAUUUUAUGAAUGGAAACAAAAUGUCGUUAAGUAAAACAUCCUCCCCGCAUAUAUACUCGGACGAUGAAAAAAGGCAUCUCCGAAUUUUGUCUAUAAUCAAUGAUGAAGGAAAGCAGGUGCUUCAACUGGUCCUCGAGAAACUACUUACUGGCACAACACUUGAUAAGCGAUUAGCUGAACCAAUUAUCAAGCAACAAGUAGACGACGCUUUGAGUAACAAGAAAAUUGGGAAAGACCAGUAUUUUAUACUAUAUCCACCAUCUGGAAUUGUUCAGAUUGAAAAUACAGAUGUGACUUUGCUUGUAUUUCUAAUACGGCAACUACACCCAAUUAUGAAGGUCAGCGACAGGAUUUGGAUAGAACCUCCACGUGGUGAUCUCAGAACAGAAGCGGAUGUUACGCGCUUGAAGGAGAUGAGAAACAAGUUAGUUCAUUCUGGUAAAACUACCUUGUCUCGGGACGCGUUUGAGAUUAACUUCCAGGAGAUUGAGAUGAUACUAUAUCGACUUGUUCAGUACGUGAGUUGUACAUAUUUAACUGUAAACGACUUGGCCGUUAAACUUGAUGACAAGAAAAAAGGUCCCUUUGAAAGUAAGCCGAUAACUUCAGAUGUAGCGACAAGUGUCUCUAGUAGCUUAGGCAAUGAUACCACCAGUGAAUGCGAUACGUCUUCAAUUUAUUCAAUGUGUACAUUACCUAGUAUUGACAGCAAAACAUGUCCGGCAUUCACUGAGGAUAUAACAAAGGAGGCAAUGACAAGCACGACAUCUCUUCAACAGAAAAGGAAACUUUCUUUUAAGGUCAAAUCAUAUUUAGAACCAUUCAUAAACACUUCAAAGAAGGAAAAUGACAGGGAAAAUGAAAACCUGCCCAAACGGAUUAAAACAAGAGAUAAUAAGAAAAGUUUCAAAGAAAUAAGUAGACCAUGUUCUUGUGCAUUCAGGGGUUCUUGUAGGAGCACCGAAUCAAAUGAGAUUAAGACAAACGACCAUUCGUUCCAUAAAUAUCGGUGCAAUAUCUCAGGUCUUGUUGCACUGACAUCCGGUGUUGUUAUAGCCGUAGAUUCGAGCCAUGGCGUUGUCCAAGCACUUGCUAAAUCCGGUGACAUUAUUGAUGAAUUCGAGUGCGAGGAAGCGAACAGCAUUACUGUGAUUAGCCAUGAGAAAUUCGCAGUUACAUUAAAACAGUCUUGUAAAGUUAAAAUAUUAAUUUUCAACAAGAAAACGAACUGUAUUGAAUGUGAAAAGGAACUUGAAGUUGGUUGUGAUAACUGGCUAUGUGAUGUGAAAUUCAAUAGAGGUUAUUUGUACAUUCUUUGUGAAAAUGGUGAUUUACACAUGAUAAAUGUACAUACAGGUAGCGAUGCUGGACUUAUCAAAACGAAGCUUGAAUCAGCAUCCCACUUUGACCUAUCAAACAAAGGAGAGAGAUUUUUCUUUAGUCAUGGCCAUCAUAUGUCAUGUCUUGAUAAAUAUGGAAACAAGAUUUGGUGCGUUUCUGACAAGUCUAAAAGCACUUACAAAGGUGUUAAAGUACACAAAAAUUCUGUAUUUGUUUGUGUCUGGGACAAAGACAAAGUUGUUUCUAUGGCAACGAAGGAUGGGAAAAGUUUGAAACAGUAUAUCAACGAACAGCUAAGAUGUCCCUGGUCACUUUGUAUACAUAAAGGGAGACUUUUUAUGUCUCAAUUUAUGUCAACUUUGAACAAAGAAUCAUGCCGGGAUAUUGUUAUAUUAAAGAUUUAAAAUCAAAUUUAUGCUCAUAGCAUAAUGUACGUGUUAUUUAAUUUCCGUAAAAAUGUGCAGAUUUGAGAAACAAAAUUAUAAAAAGUUAGAUAAAUUUUGUCGAAUCACUUCUCCUUUAUGCGUUUUAUGCAAAUAAACGUUAACAAUAAAUUCGUUAAGUUUGUGAAUGAGUUAACACUUGAAAUAUGAUAUUACACCGGAUGUUUGAAAGCACAGGAUGUUUGCGGUUAAAGUUUAUCAAGAUGAUUGCCGAGUGAAAUGCUCCAUAAAAUAAAUAAAGAAAUUUAAUGCGAUGUAAUGCUUGUUUACUAUAAAGUCGAACUUCAUACUGAUAUCAUAUCCGUUAAAAUAGAAUAAGGUGA